GUCACUAUGAGAUUGAUGUUUUCCAUAAUUUUGCAUAGACUCGCGUUCACUUUUCCGACAGAGUGCAUAACGAACGGUGUACCUGUACGACCAGGUACGAUUCCAUACCAGGCUGGGAUUCGUUCAGUAAAUCGUCUCUAUCGAGGAUCGGGCGCGUUAAUUUCCGAUAGACAUGUGAUAACAGCGGCAGAUUUCCUUACAACAAAGGAUGAUGUUGAAGUAUUUCUCGGAGCUUACAUUUUCCUGGAUGAACUGGAACCUUUCCGCAUCACAAUUAUAGUGCCCAGCAAAUCCAUCAAUAUGUUUAACAAAUAUAAGCCUUGCGCUCAAUUUGACAAUAUAGCGCUUUUAAGUCUCCCAGUUGCAGUUGAGUUCAAUCAGUACAUUUCGCCAGUAAGCUUGCCACCAAUCGGGGAUACCAACAAGAGAUACGAUAAUCAUAUACUUACUGUCAGCGGUUGGGGCGUGAGAAGACUAACAGGCGGUCAAUUUUAUGCCAAAGCUUUAAACGCUGGGACAAUGGUCGUAAAACCACUUACACAAUGCGCUCGAUUUCAUUUUGUGAAGAUGGGAAAUAUUUGUUUAGAUUCGCCAAACAAAACAGUGCCAUGCUUCGGUGAUGCAGGAGCACCUUUAGUGGACACCCAAGCGAAUGUCCUAGUAGGGCUGGCAACAAUGCAGCAGGCGUGUUUUUUAAAGGACACACAAGUCCAUAUCGACGUUCGUGAAUAUUCAGAAUGGAUUCGUAAUGAAAUGGCGAUUAACGUUCCGACCAAUUUAUCGUCGUCGCAGUAACCACCCCCAGGUUUAAGUAGAAAAUAUUCUUCAUAAUUUGAAUAAUGAAUUGGAAAUCGAAACAGUUAUAGUGCUGAACUAUCACCAUAACUAUAGCAGGAUAUGAUUUAUACUAUAAUUGAAAUAUAACUUCCAAUAAUUAAAAAGAUCAUGGUGGUGGAAAUAAAAUGUAAAAAGCUCAGAUUCCGUACUAAAAUAAUUAAAUAAACCAUUGCAAUCCUAAAAAUUUCGGCUAAUUAACUUGCAGUGUUUUAUUAAUUAGUAAUAAAGAAACAUCAU